AUGGGCGAAAAAAUGCUUCACAUCGCGAUGUAUCCAUGGUUUGCAGUUGGCCAUAUUACCCCAUUUCUCCAUCUCUCCAAUAAAUUAGCAGAAAGAAGACACAAAAUCUCCUUCUUCUUGCCAACCAAAACACAACACAAGUUUGAGCCUUUCAACCUUCACCCCGAUCUCAUAACCUUCAUUCCAUUUGAAGUUCCUCACAUUGAUGGCCUCCCUCUUGGCAUUGAAACAACAGCUGAUAUUCCUUUCGCACUGCAACCUCUCCUUAUGGCUGCAAUGGAUCUCACACAACCAGCCAUUGACGCUUCUCUCCGUGAACUCAAACCCCACUUCCUUUUCUAUGAUUUUGCUUCCUGGUCGCCUCUGUUGUGUCGCAAACUAGGCAUCAAGUCCAUGCAUUACUGUACCAUUAGCUCCGCAACUGUUGCCUAUUUGAUCAGUCCAACAAGAAAGAUUCGUGAGAAAGGUUUGACAGGAUCGGAUCUCAUGGAGCCUCCACCAGGUUUCCCUUAUUCAAGUAUCAAGUUAAGUGACUAUGAAGCUCGAGGACUAGCUGCUGAGACAAUAAAAGAAUACGGAAAUGGUAUUUCAUUCGUGGUGCGCCAAUUAACUUCUUUAAAUGAAUGUGAUGCUAUUGGUUUCAAGACAUGUAGGGAGAUUGAAGGGCCUUACUGUGAUUAUAUUGAAAAACAAUUUGAAAAGCCAGUGAUAUUGGCUGGACCAGUUGUGCCAGAGCCAACAAAUAAGGUAUUAGAAGAACGAUGGGAAAAGUUGUUGAGCAGCUUUCAAGCUCAGACUGUAAUAUUUUGUGCCUUUGGGAGUGAGUGUGUUCUCAAGAGUGAUCAAUUUCAGGAAUUGGUUUUAGGCCUUGAGCUUACAGGUUUACCAUUCUUAGUUGCCCUGAAACCACCAAUGGGAGCUGAAACAACUGAGUCAGCAUUACCGGAAGGAUUCCAAGAGAGAGUAAAAGGAAGAGGAUUUGUUCAUGGGGAUUGGGUACCACAACAAAUGAUCUUGAGGCACCCUUCUGUGGGAUGUUUCGUGACCCAUUGUGGUUACGGUUCUUUAUCAGAGGCUAUGGUUAAUGAUUGUCAAUUGGUGUUAUUGCCUCAUGUUGGAGAUCAGAUAAUUAAUGCAAGAUUGAUGGCUGGAGAUUUGAAAGUUGGAGUAGAAGUUGAGAAAGGUGCAGAAGAUGGAACUUUCUCAAAGAACGAUGUUUGCAAGGCAGUGAUGGCCGUGAUGGAUGAUGAUAGUGAGGUGGGGAAAGAGGCCAGGGCAAACCAUGCCAAAUGGAGGGAGUUCCUUUUAGGCAACGGGCUUGAAAACUCCUACAUUGAUCGUUUUGUUGAGAAGUUGCAUGCAAUGAUAAUACAAUAUCGGUUCUUUCUACAGGAUCUGCAUGGAAUGGCUUCAAGUUGCUCACAUGAAAUACUGGGUGCACCUUCAUCCACUUUGGAGGGUCGAUUUUGUAGGAAGCAUUCCCCACCUUGGAAAGGACCUUUACUGGACCUUCGUACUUGCGCACCAAUCUACGAUCUCUCUUCCUCAAGAACCUGGUUUGUUCAGGGACUAAUCGAACAAGAACCAAAUCCCCAACCUGAAAUUGUUGAGCUCUACGACCCUUGCUUGCGCGAUCUCCGUGUUUUGUUUCCACUCCUUGCUGAGGUUGAAUGCUCUGGGAUUCUUUCCUCCAUAUUAGUUGAGCAACGUCCAAUAAUGAGGGCCAGUUCUUUUGGUUGGCGUGGACAAAAUGCCUCAAGAUCUCUAUCACUGACAAUGUUUUGGGGGAGGCCCCAAUACUUGACCACAUGUUUGAACAAUAGUCGAGCUGUGUCCUCCGCUGUACAGUACUUGGGAGCAGGAAUGAAUGUGGCCAAUAAUAUCCUUGUUUCAAUAACGCCAACGUGCGCUGCCAGCCCGGAUGUCCCGCCCAUGGGGUGUCAUGACACUCCCUCAUCAGCAUCUGUCUCAGACCUCCUGCUCUUGGCACAAAGACUCGAGGUCCCUUGGUCCACAAGACCCCAUUUUCUUUCCAGAAAUGUUUGGACUUCCCUUCUUCCACUAGCUUCAAAAUGGCACAGGCUUGCGGGUCUUUCCCUAAAUGAUCUCCAAUCAACUUAUGGAUUGGCUAACGGUUGUGUUGUCUAUCUUCACGACAAAGUGCGCACCCAACAAGUAAUGCCGCCAAGUCCUCAAGCAAUGAACCACCGCAAGGAGCUCUUUCUCCUGGGCUGUGUAUUUCCUUUCAGCUUCACUCAGCUUCCUACUUUCGAAUGCUACCAGUCGACACAUAAGCGCAAGCUCCCAUCAUGCUUUUUCUGGAAUAGCACUGGCGCUCCGAAAGGAGCCUUUGAUGGUCGGAUGAACCCGGCUUGUAGAAGCUCAUCCAACUCUUCUUCAACGCUCUCGGGUGCUUUUGCAGACUCUUGGGAUGAGGUCCUUAAGCAUCAGGGUAGAAAAGUUCCUCACGAACUCUCGCACCGUUCCGGUUUGCACCAACUCUCGAAUUCACGCUUCAGAUCCGUCCAGGUCUUAAUCGGGCACUCGUCAUCGACAAACUUGGAGCGCCACCACAACUUGGCAUCCCCUACGAGAUACAUCGAUGCCAUUGUCACCUUGUCUUCCUCUGAACUUGUGUGUACAGCUCGGAACACCGAGGCUCCGGCACUUUGGGUCUUUGUCCCCUGUCCGUCGAGCUUGAACCCGAACUGGCCACCGCCAUUUAGUACUUAUCAAGGCCAAAAAGUUGGUUGGGGCAAUAACUUUGACAAUUCUUUUUUUGAAUCACCAAACAGAAGUUUGAGUACUAGUUUUCUGUUUUGCGAGAAACCGGAAACAAAGAAACCAGGAAUUUUGGACCAAUUUAUCACAACACCAACAAUGGCAGACAAAACCUUUCACAUUGCAAUGUAUCCAUGGUUUGCCCUUGGCCAUAUUACUGCAUUUGUCCAUAUGGCCAACAAACUAGCGGAGAGAGGCCACAAAAUUUCCUACUUCUUGCCGGCCAAAACACAGUGCAAGGUUGAGGCUUUCAAUCUCCACCCGAAUCUCAUAACCUUCAUUCCAAUCACUGUUCCACAUGUUGAAGGUCUGCCUCUUGGCGCUGAAACAACAAACGAUGUUCCUUUCCCUUUGCAUCCUCUCAUUAUGACCGCCAUGGACCUCACAGAACCUGAUAUUGAAGCUUCCCUCCGAGAACUAAAACCCCAUUUCGUUUUCUUUGAUUUCACUUGCUGGUUGCCAGCCUUGACUCGCAGGCUUGGCAUCAAGUCCGUGCUGUAUUGUAUCAUUAGCUCUGCAACUAUUGGCUAUCUUCUUAGUCCAGCAAGAAAGACUCUUGAGAAAGGUUUGACAGGGUCUGAUCUCCUGGAGCCUCCUGAAGGUUUCCCUUCUUCAAGUAUCAAGCUACGCACCCAUGAAGCUCGAGGAUUAGCUGCUGUAACAACAAUGGAUUAUGGAAGUGGAAUUUCAUUUGUAGAGCGUCAGCUAAGGUCUUUAAGUGACUGUGAUGCUAUUGGUUUCAAGACAUGUAGGGAGAUUGAAGGGCCUUACUGUGAAUAUAUUGGAAACCUGUUUGAAAAACCAGUGAUUUUUGCUGGACCAGUAGUGCCAGAGCCACCAAAAAUUGCGUUAGAAGAACGAUGGGAAAAGUUAUUAAACCGCUUUCAAGCUAAGACCAUGAUAUUCUGUGCCUUUGGGAGUGAGUUUGUUCUCAAAAAAGAUCAGUUCCAGGAAUUGGUUUUAGGCCUUGAGCUUACAGGUUUGCCAUUCUUGGUUGCCCUCAAACCACCAAUGGGAGCUGAAACAAUUGAGUCAGCAUUGCCAGAAGGAUUCCAGGAGCGAGUAGAAGGAAGAGGAAUAGUUCAUGGAGGUUGGGUGCCGCAACAACUGAUCUUGAGGCAUCCUUCUUUAGGGUGUUUCGUGACUCACUGUGGCUCUGGUUCUUUGGCUGAGGCUAUGAUGAGUGAUUGUCAGUUGGUGCUGUUACCUAACGUUGGAGACCAGAUAAUUAAUGCAAGAAUGAUGGCAGGACACUUGAAAAUUGGAGUAGAAGUCGAGAAAGAUGAAGAUGGACUUUUUACAAAGGAUGGUGUUUGCAAGGCAGUGAAGGCUGUAAUGGAUGAUGAUAGUGAGUUGGGGAAAGAGGCAAGGACCAACCAUGCUAAGUGGAAAGAGUUCCUUUCAGAACCAGGCCUUGAAAACUCUUACAUGGAUGGUUUUGUUGAGAUGCUGCAUGCCCUACUAUGAGUAUUUCUUUCAUUUUCUUA